CGUUACCGGGCGCCCGAUGUCAAAGAGUUGGAGCCGAUCCGGUCGCAGACUGCGCACGGCUCCGUUUCUGCCAACUGGAGCCGAGCUGGGGAUGACCUCUCGCGCGAGGUGUCAACAGCCUGUGAUCGCGUAGCCUACAAUAAAGGUCUUAUUUUCCGAAAUCCUCAUUUUCAUCCUUUUUCACUCCCGAUCGCGAAAGAUGCCGGUCCGUGCGAAGGAUUGUUUUGACUUUUUGAAUGGAAUUUUAGCAAUAAAUCCACUUCUGUUACUGGCGGUAUGACCGGCACCUGUACGUGACACGAUAUGCUUUUCAUCACAAUUUGUUUUUGCCUGUAAGCUGUGCGCAUAUCAUCAGUUGUAUACCUAUUUACGUACCGUGUAUAAUGAGGGACCGUGUCUCGGUGUAAAAAGAUGUUGUAAGUAUGGCUUCAUAGAGUGUACCUACUGCAGCAAUUUCAUGUCCAAAAAGGGAUCCUUUUAGCGUAACUGCCACAAAAGCAGUCAAGUGUGGCCUACGAGCAAACCGAGCUGGUAAAACUAGGAAUGAAAUGUAAAAAGCUGGCUUCGGUCGAGUGGCAGGCAUCUCAAUUUGCAGUCGCGGUCCAAACUGGCGAAAUGCCAAGCGCGUUUAUGUAGAGCUUCCUUCCGCCGACAGAACCGGGCUCGGCCUUCCUUUUAUGACCGCGUGUCGGGGUCCGAUGGCGCCGCCGGUCACUAACGUCUUUCUUGUCUUUACAAGACUCGCUAAGUCAAUGUGUACAUAUAUAAAUAUAUGUAUAAAUUAAAAGAUUUUUAAAUACUACGACCUCCGAGCGAUUUCUUUCUCCACUCCAACUUGACAGUUUUGGACGUCAGUCGCCGCCAGGAUGUCCGUUGUUGUUCUCAGUGGCUGCCGAUCACGUCAAAUGCUUUUGACUACAACUUGAUCACGGGGGAGAAAAAGCACUUGUAAAAUGACCAUUUGGAACUCCGGCAAGUAAAGGUGGCAUGGCUUCAGCCUUUUUCUCUGUGAAGAAUUUGUUCCAUUAUCUAGGUCAAACAUCACUUUGAGAAAGUGACACACACGUAUGCUUUUGAUGAAAGAAAGUCCGGGUUACUAUGGCAACGGGCAGAAACUGUCAUGGCGUCCCUGUUGACAGAUCCGCUGUUUGAAAUCGCCGGACGGGGUCCCUCGACUAAUAAAAACUACUACAACUGUGUCGUUACCAAGGAAGACGUGAUCUGGAGAUGGUGGACGAUAUCUCCUCGAGCUGUGUACAGGCUUUCGAAGCCCGGUCAACUCAUCAUGUCACAUGAGGACUUCCUGGAUGACAGCAAAUUACAAAAUGAUCUGGGCAUGAUCUUUGGCCGCGGCGCCUUGAAGUACACCAAGGCUCUAUGCCAAGGCCAUUUCGAUUACCUGGAACGUCUCCCCGACUCCUUACUUCUGCAGAUCGUCAACUAUCUGGAGCUGGAAGACGUGGGUCAACUGGGACGAACUUCGCGUAGGUUCCGGCAGCUGUGCGGUUCCGAGGAGUUCUGGGAGCAGGCGGUGCGGCGAUGCUGCAAAACGGUUUCCCCCGAAGUAGCCGCCCUGGCGCGAGAGGUGGGUUGGCGCAACAUUUUUUUCACCAACAAGUUGCAGCUGCAGAAGCUGAUCGGCCGCCGGAGGCUGAGGGCCGAAGAGGAGAAGGCCGAGCACGGGAAAAGGCCGAGCGAGACGGCUCGUUCCGACCUCAAAGCGCCGGCCGCCGUGGAGCGCACCAUGGAGGGAUGAAACCGGCGAGUGCGGCUUCAAAAUGCCUUUUUGUCGCUCUCCCUCCCUUAUUUGAUUUCGGUGUGUCGAGCGGUUCCGUUUAAAGAGCCGUUUUGGUUUUUUUUUUUCAAUCCGGCGCGCUGCUUAAAUGCUCGUCCGAAAUGAACACGCCAGCCGUACCUUACGACGAGAAGCUUAAUGCGUCGUCGUCAUAGGAAUUAAAAAAAAAAAAAUUGUUGUCCCUUCCUUCUGUUGUUUGCAAUUUGGCCUCUAGGGGCAGUCAUGAGGGCAGUUUGGCUACUACCCAAGUCAUUCAGUAAAUUUGUUAUUCUUCACAGUGGAUAAAGAAUAUCAGCCUGCAUGGUUUCUGCCA